AUGACGGCAUUGUCUUCGCCAGCUGCGUUCACAAGGGCUGGAUUAUCCACGGCGUCAUCGUUCAGCCGCUCACUUCCGCUGAAUUCGAGGCUUGCGGUUCGCUCCGCACCCCGCAACUGUCGCGUUUCCCCGCUUUCAUGCCAAGCAGAAUCAUCCCAGUCGCUGAUCCAAUGUCUCGAUGAUUCAUUAGGAUCUUCAGAAGCUUCCGAGUUAACGAUCGAAGCUUCCGAGUCGAAUCAAUCCGAUCCUCUUCUCGACGCGCUGACGUGCAACGCGGAUGCUGACGUGGCAAGCUUCCACUUUCCGGCUCAUCGCAGAGGGCUCGGAGCGCCUCCCCGUGCGCUCUCCGCGUUCGGCUCUGACGUUUUCCGUCACGAUCUGCCGGAGCUGCCGGAUCUCGACAACCUCUUCGCGCCAGAAGCCGUCAUAGCCGAGGCGCAGGAGCGUGCAGCGAGAGUAUUCGGCGCGUCGGAGACCCGUUUCUUAGUCAACGGCAGCACUGUAGGCGUGCAGGCAGCUAUAGUAGCCUGUUGCCGACCCGGCGACGUCCUUAUUCUCCCGCGCAACUCUCACCAAUGCGCGUUUUCCGGUAUGGUGCUAUGUGGAGCCGUGCCGCACUAUAUCCUCCCUGUGACUGAUCAUUCCUGGGGUAUUGCUCACGGAGUUACCCUGGAUCGUGUCACAGAAGCAAUACGCCACGUGGCUGCCACCGGAGCGCGAAUAGGGGCUGUUCUGGUGGUUUCCCCGACCUAUUACGGUCAAUGCAGCGACAUCAGGGGAAUCGCCCGGGCCUGCCACGAGGCAGGCACGCCGUUAAUCGUAGACGAGGCGCACGGAGCGCAUUUUAAGUUCCACAGCGCGCUCCCAGAGACGGCGCUAGAGGCGGGGGCAGACAUAGUAGUGCAGUCGACGCACAAGGUGCUGGGAUCGCUGACUCAGUCCGCCAUGCUGCAUAUCGGCCAUGGCGACUCAGGCUCGUCGGUUGAGAAUGUGGGUGAAGCCGCAUUACCACAACCGCCAGAAACACCAUUGCAGUCAGCAGUACCACCACCUUCAGCAGCAGCGCCACAGCCAGAAGUACCACUGCCGCCAUCACCCCGUGUAAGCCCGCGAGACGUGGCGCGUGCACUGCAGCUGCUGCAGUCGUCGUCGCCCUCCUACCUGCUCCUCGCGUCCCUCGACGCCACCACCGGCCACGUCGCCCGCCCCUCCUUCCCCUCCGCCCUCGCUCAUGCCCUCCACCUCGCCACCCGCCUGCGCUCCUCCCUGCUUGCGCUCAACCUGCGAGUCCUCCUCAGCCCAGCCCAACCCUCGGGAAGCCAUAAACAGCCCGAGAGGCAUGCAGGGUUUGACCCGCUGCGGGUGACAGUGAGCGUGAGGGAGCUGGGGCUGACAGGGUACGAGGCUGACGAUGUGCUGAGGCUGACGCAUGGGGUGGUGGCAGAGCUGCCCUUCCUGCAUGGCAUCAUUGAGGUUGUACCAGCUCAGCAGGCGGUGGGGCGCUACAGUGCGGACAUGCUGUGCCCGUACCCGCCUGGAAUCCCAGUGCUGCUGCCGGGGGAGGUGGUCACUGCAGAGGCACUGAAGCUACUACAAAGAGUGCUGAGCCUAGGAGGCUCUGUGUCUGGCCUGCCCUUUGAAAGCCUAGAUGCCAUACGCGUUAUUGGAUGA